GCUCUUGAUGGAAACGUAUAUGAUCACCUUAACAGGACUGAACUAGAGACAUGCCAAGCUGUACAGAACACAUUCCAGUUUUUACUGGAGACUUCCAGCCGGGUGGUGCGGGAUUACAAUCUGCAGCUGUUCUUACAGGAGAACACCGUGUUUCACAAACCCCAGCCCUUCCAGUUCCAACCAAGCGACAGUGACACUAGCUUUAAUGCUGUUCAGCUGGUGGAUAUUGAGCCCUCACCUGUCAGUGCUAUGAGAAUGACUAUAGCAGAGAGUCGACAACUGGAAUCAGAAACUGGAACAACUGAAGAGCACAGCCUCAACAAAGAGGCUCGGAAAUGGGCUACCCGGGUAGCCCGUGAGCACAAAAACAUCAUCCACAGCCAGCGGACACUGGAAGAGCUCGAAUGCCAUGGGCCUGUGAUGUCUGAGCAAACCCGAGCAGAACUGGAGCAGAAAAUAGAUGAAGCAAGAGAGAGUAUUCGCAAGGCUGAGAUCAUUAAGCUGAAAGCUGAAGCCCGUCUUGAUCUCCUGAAGCAGAUCGGUGUGUCCGUGGAUACGUGGCUAAAAAGCGCCAUGAACCAAGUGAUGGAGGAGCUGGAAAACGAGCGCUGGGCCAGCCUGCCUUCAGUGACCAACAACGGCUCUUCGCACCUGAUUCAUGCUGAUGCAGACAAGGAAGAAGGUGAAGAGUUUGAAGACAGCCUGGAUGUUUUUGAUGACAGUAGUUCCAGCCCUUCUGGCACUCUCAGAAAUUAUCCUCUCACCUGCAAAGUUGUUUAUUCAUACAAGGCUUCGCAGCCGGAUGAACUGACCAUAGAGGAACACGAGGUGUUAGAGGUUAUCGAGGACGGAGACAUGGAAGACUGGGUGAAGGCACGGAAUAAAGCGGGCCAGGUGGGUUACGUGCCAGAGAAGUACCUGCAAUUCCCGACGUCCAGCAGCCUGCUGAGUAUGCUCCAGUCCCUCGCAGCCCUGGAUAGUCGAUCCCACACCUCCAAUAACUCCACCGAGGCCGACUUGGUCUCGGGCGGGCUGAACGGAGACUCCAGCGUCUGUUUCGUAAAAGCACUUUAUGAUUACGAGGGCCAGACGGAUGACGAGCUGUCCUUCCCGGAAGGAGCGAUCAUCCGCAUCUUGAACAAGGAAAACCAAGACGACGAUGGCUUUUGGGAAGGAGAAUUCAAUGGGCGCGUUGGGGUGUUCCCGUCUGUAUUGGUUGAAGAGCUCACGGCCUCAGAAAACGGAGAGACGCAGUGGAUUGGAGAUAUCCAGGUAUCGCCCACUCCGAAGCCUAAUAACGCCCUUCCGCCGCUGCCGCUGUACGACCAGCCUCCCACCAGUCCCUACCACAGUCCGGAUAAAAGAGGUUCCCAGUACUUCCCCAGGUCACCCUCAACCAACGAAAACAGCUUCACUUCGGAGUCUCCCGGGUUCUCCCAGCCUCCGCGAAUUCCCCCCGAGACAUCGUACGGCAAACUGCGACCU